AAUAGUAUCGUAGUUGAGGAUCUACCCAACGCUGAUUGGUCAGCAGGCCCGUCCUUCAGUUGAGGGGGAACAACGGCACAACUAAACAACACUCAAACAGCGGGUUGGUGUUGUCGGUUUAGACAUGAAUUCUUUGGAGCAGGCCGAAGAUCUGAAGGCGUUUGAGAGAAGGCUGACUGAGUAUGUCUCCUGUUUACAACCUGCAACGGGCAGGUGGAGGAUGAUUUUGAUAGUGGUGUCCGUUUGCACAGCCACAGGGGCUUGGAACUGGUUAAUAGACCCAGACACUCAGAAGGUCACUUUCUUUUCAUCACUUUGGAAUCAUCCCUUCUUUACCAUCAGCUGCAUCACGCUAAUAGCUCUCUUCUUUGCUGGGAUACACAAACGGGUCGUCGCACCCUCGAUAAUUGCUGCCCGCUGCCGCACAGUUUUAACAGAAUACAACAUGUCCUGUGAUGAUACGGGAAAACUCAUUCUCAAACCCCGACCAAACAUUCAGUAACUACCGUCCAGUGCGCUCUGUUCAGUUAGUUUUCAUCAAUUGUUGACCUCUCAUCGGUCCUUCAAGCAGCCUGAGCUUAUCAGCGAGGGGGCACGACGCUGAGGAAGAUUUCAUCAUCAUUGUUUGGAAUGAAGAAAUUGACAGAUAGAGGCUUUUUAAAAGUGUGGCUGUGAUUAUUAUUAUUAUUAUUGAAGCUGCUGAUCGGCGCACACAACCCUUGAUGUAUUUUACGAGGCUAGAGUAUAGAUGUGUUUAUUUCUCUUUCUGAAGUUGAGCAUGUAUUUUAUCUAAAUGUUUCUAUUUUUAAAUUUAUUUACUUAAUAAACACACAAAGUGUGAAAAA